AAGAAGACUUCCUCCUUCAACACAUGAGCCCCAAGUUCCAGCUCUCUUUACACAAGAUAAAGAAUAAGUUCGACCGAAGUUCGUGAAGCAAUAGUUGGUUUUUUCACUGGAAGUGCCUGCCUUUUCUUCUAAUUCUUCCAAAGAAGCUACUGCUCUUCUUACAUGGAAAAAUAGCCUUCAAAACGAAUCCCAAUCCCACUUAUCUUCAUGGACUUCAGUUUCUUCUUCCACUCUAAACCUAAGUAGGAAUCCAUGCAAUAAUUGGCUUGGUAUUUCAUGCAACCUUGCUGGAAGCGUCGUCAAAAUAGACCUUGGCAACUCUAGCUUACAAGGUACGCUUCAUGGAUUUUCUUUUUCGUCAUUGCCCAAUCUUGCGUAUAUUGAUCUUUACAUGAACACACUUUUUGAGACAAUUCCACCUCAAAUUAGCUACAUGUCAAAACUUGAACAUCUCGAUUUGUCCUUUAAUCAGUUUUCAGGUAAAAUCCCACCUCAAAUUGGCUCCCUGUCAAAACUCAAAUAUCUUGAUUUGUCCUGUAAUCAGUUUUCAGGCAAAAUCCCCCAAGAAAUUGGCAAGCUAACUAAUCUUGAGGUCCUCCACCUUGCAUAUAAUAACUUAAACAGCUCCAUUCCUGAAGAAAUAGGGCGCCUAAACUUUCUAACCGAACUUUUACUUCACAGAAACCAUAUAGACGGUUCCAUCCCUUCUUCUUUAGGCAAUUUGACCAACUUGGUUAAUUUGCUUCUUUCUGACAAUGAACUUUCUGGUUUCGUUCCUUCAGAAAUGGGAAACCUCUCCAAUUUGGAUCUACUUUUCAUUCAUAGGAACUGUUUGAUAGGUCCAAUCCCUCCCACUUUUGGGAACUUGAAAAAGCUAAUCAGCUUGUCCAUGUUUGCUAAUUCAUUUUCCGGUCCCAUCCCUUUAGAAAUUGGAAAUUUGAAUUCCCUAAUGCAAUUAAGUCUUCUUCAAAAUAAUCUUUCUGGUUCAAUUCCACCAUCAUUAGGUGAUUUGGCAAAUCUUACCCUACUUCACCUGAAUAAUAAUAACCUUUCUGGAUCCAUUCCAACAGAAAUAGGAAAGUUGACUUCUCUCAUAUCUCUACAGUUGAAUGAAAACCAGCUACAUGGUUAUCUUCCAACUUCAUUUGCUAAUUUGAGCAAUUUGGUAAAUUUGACCCUUCAUGACAACCAACUUACCGGUCCUAUUCCUCAAGGAAUUGGAAAUCUCCUCAACUUGGCUUUUCUAAGAGUAGACACAAACCAAUUUAUUGGUAAUUUGCCUCAAAACAUUUGCCAUGGUUUAUCACUUCGGUACUUUGUUGCAAGCAACAAUCAUUUGGAUGGCCGAAUCCCCAAAAGCUUCAAAAAUUGCACAAGCAUAGUCAGAGUCUUCUUAGGAGGUAACCAACUCAUUGGAGAUAUAUCUAAGGACUUUGGUGUCUAUCCAAACUUGACGAUCAUAGAUCUAAGCCAUAAUCAAUUUUAUGGACAGAUCUCAAGUAAUUGGGGACAGUGUCCACAGCUACGAAUACUACGAAUGGGCAACAACAAUAUUGCUAGUAGAAUACCACACGAGAUUGGAAAUUGGAAUCAGCUAGGUGAACUUGAUCUUUCUUCAAAUCAUAUAGUUGGGACCAUUCCAAAAGAAUUCGGAAAGCUGAUUUCUCUAAUAAUAUUGAGGAUGAAUGGCAAUAAACUCUCUGGUGCUAUACCUUUUGAAUUUGGGUCAUUGAAAAAACUUGAAUAUCUUGACUUGUCCUCAAACAGGCUGAGUAAGUCAAUUCCAAGUAAUUUUGGGGACUUCGAGAAAUUGAUCGACUUGAAUUUAAGCCACAACAAUUUUAGCCAAGGGAUUCCAACCCACCUCUUGAAGUUAUCUCAUGCCUCCAAAUUAGACAUAAGUUAUAACUCUUUAAAUGGAGAGAUACCAUCAGAGAUUAGCCAAAUGAGAGCUUAG